AUGGAGAUCGAACCGAAUUGCAUUUACGUAAUUCCGCCGAGGAAGAAUCUCACCGUGACCGAAAACAGGCUUACGAUCCGUGAAAAAGAUGUGUUGGACAAAGGGCCGAACACGUCUAUAGAUACGUUUUUUUACUCGUUGGCUCACAGUUAUGGCGACAAAGCCAUCGCGAUAGUUCUUUCCGGAACAGGAACGGAUGGUUCACGCGGCAUAGAAGCUAUUAAAGAUUCAGACGGACUUGUCAUUGUUCAGGAUCCGGAGACCUCAAAGUUCGAUGGCAUGCCACGAAGCAGCAUUGCCACAGGAAGGGUUGAUUUGGUGUUGCAUACCAAAGAUAUGCACUCUGAGAUCAUCAACUACAUCAACGAAAUUCCGAACGUCAACCUGAUUGAAAAAUCAAUCAAUGAAGAAACACUGAACAAAGUUUUGCAUGUACUUCAUAAACAAACAGGUUGCGAUUUUCAACAAUACAAGCCACCAACUAUCUUAAGAAGAUUGACACGGCGAUUGGCUUUUCUAAAACUUGCAUCUGCUGAAGAGUACCUUCAAACCGCUGAAAAAGAACUCAAAGAUACGGAACUAAGACUGGAAUUAGCCCUGAAUGCCGCAGACAUGGCCGGAUGGCAUUUAGAUGUUAAAACAGAUUCGCUGGUAUUUACGGGCAACCUUCCUGAAAUUUUUGGACAUUCAAAAGAAACACUUCUCUCAGCCAACGAUAUGCGCUCGCAAUAUUUGGUGGAGGAUAAACACAUUUACCAGGACGCCUGGAAAAAAGCAGCUGAUACAGGCAUUUACGAAUAUGUCAUCCGCAUGCGCAGGCCUGAUAACAACAUCCGCUGGAUAAAAACUACCGGGGUGGCACUCAGAGAUGAGAAAGGUGACAUAGCAAAAAUGAUAGGCAUUACAAGGGACAUCACAUUUGAAAAAAUGGCUUCUCUCGAACUUGAGAAUAAAGUUGCAGAGCGAACUACCGAACUUCGUAACGCCAACGAAAAAUUAAAAAGAUCUAAUUCUCAACUCGCCAGAUCGAAUGACGAUCUUGAACAAUUCGCUUACAUUGCCAGUCACGACUUACAGGAGCCUUUAAGGAAAAUUCAAACAUUCAUAUCCGUUUUAGAAAGUAAAAGAAAUGAUGAAAAAGCCCUGGAUAAUUAUUUAGGAAAAAUUUCUUCAUCCGCUAACCGCAUGUCUUCGCUGAUUAAAAACGUGCUUGAGUUUUCAAGAUUAAAUCAAAAGGAAGAAGCAAUGGGCGUGGUUAAUCUUAAACAGCCAUGGCAGUUCAAUGGUCCAGCAUUGAAAUACAUCAUCGCAGUAAAAUUCUCCGUUUGUACCCUCAGGAAA